AUGGAACUCCUUGGCCUCCUCCUCGGUAGGAGAAAACACGCCGUUUGGAAGACUGUUGGUGUCAGUCUCCUUGGUCUUUUCCUCCCAGUCCUUACCGAAUGUCUUCCACGAAGAAACACCAGGCCGUCUCUUCAAUCCAACAAGCAUGUCGCUGCAGUCAACGGUCUUGACCUUUCCGCCCCAUCUGCGAAGAGCAGCAGCGAUCACUGCCUCGUUUUCAAUCGGACUGAGCGAACAUGUGGAGUAAACAAGUCUUCCUCCCUUCUUCAAAAGCUGCAAACCUCUCAUCAGGAUGUUGAGUUGCAAUGGAUGCAGUCCCAGAGCAUUUCCGAUUCUCCAGUCUUUCCAAACAGUGAGGUUCUUUCUCAUGGUACCAUCACCAGUACAUGGGACGUCACACAGAAUUCUGUCAAACUUAAUGUAGUCUCCGUCCUCGGUAAGCUUCAUUUUCGGGAAAAGCUGAGCAUCGUGGUUCACAAUCACAAAGUUCGGAGAGUUCAACCGUUUCACCUGAUGCACAAGCAUAUGAGACCGCUUGUAAUCAGAAUCGUUGGCAACAACAACACCUGUUGGCUCGGCACCUCCACUGUGGAGGGCCUCGAUCAGCUGGGCGGUCUUGGAACCUGGCGCAGCACACAUGUCCAUCACGAAAUGGUGUGGUUGCACGUCCAAAAAGAGCGGAGGAAUCAUCGAAACAGCCUCCUGACGGGAAAUAUUUCCAACCUCGGUCUCAACAACCAAGAACUUCUGAGUAGAAGCGUAUAA